ACUCCUCGCUCUUUAGAUAGCUUCGCACUUGGACGCCAUUCUCGCUCCCGUCGAAAUCGACACCGACGCAGACAAAGACGACGCAACGCACGCGCGAUGGCUGCUCCUCCUGCCGCGGUUGAGAACUUGCCUCCUCCGUUGAGCUCCGGCGCCGAGCAACCUCCUCUUUUCGAUGGAACAACGAGGUUGUACACCUCUUACGCAUGCCCAUUUGCUCAUCGCAUCUGGAUGACGAGGAACUACAAGGGACUGCAGGACAAGAUUAAGUUGGUUCCUCUUAAUCUUCAAGACAGGCCUGCUUGGUACAAGGAGAAAGUCUACCCCAUGAAUAAGGUUCCGGCGUUGGAGCACAAUGGGAAAAUCAUUGGAGAGAGCCUAGACCUCAUGAAAUACGUGGACAGCAACUUUGAAGGGCCUUCUCUUUUCCCUGAUGAUCCUGAAAAGAGGAAGUUUGGUGAGGAACUGUGGUCUUAUGUUGAUGAAUUCGUGCAGUUAGUCUUCACUUCAUUCAAGGGAGAAGGACGGAAAGAAUGUGCCUCUGCUUUUGAUCACUUGGAGAAUGCUCUUGGCAAAUUUGAGGAUGGACCAUUCUUUCUCGGACAAUUCAGUGGGGUGGACAUUGCCUACAUCCCAUUUGUUGAAAGAUUCCAGAGUUACUUAUCUGAAGUAUGGAAAUAUGACAUCACUGUCAGCAGACCUAAACUAGCAGCAUGGAUUGAGGAAAUGAACGAGAUCGACACUUACAAGCAGACAAAGACCGAUCCAAAAGAAUUUGUCGAAUACUUCAAGAUGCGCUUCGGUGUAAUGCCUCUAACCCAGACUCAAACUAGAUGUCACGAUCCUUUCUGAACAUUGUUCUUUUCCCCUCUUGGCCCCAGCCAGUUUGUUUCUGGUCGCUAAUCAGUCUUUCCUUCAAAUGCAGGCUCAGCAGUAGAUGGAGUCCUGAACAUGGUACCCUCUGUAUGAAGGGUAUAAGGGGAGUAUAGUUGAUGUACCCCAUCUUUUGAUGUUUCUCUAAGGCUAGUUGUAUGGCGUAUCCGCUGCCUCUUUUACAGCUUGAAAUUGGUAUCGUGAUGCUACAUGAAAUUUCAUAAAUAAAAAAGUUCAUUUUCGAAUCCUUUGCGUUACGUUCUGCCUUCGUAUUAAUGUUCCUGUCGUUUUCCCCUGACUUUCCCCCUCAUGAAAGCUGCUAGACUAUCCUGAUCACGUCAGUUCUACUGAAACAAUUAUUGCCUUCUACGUGAUGUUAUAGUUCUCUUUUUUUUAGCUAUUUUAAUAAAGGGAUGUAAUUAGACUCCGCUGGGUAUAUAUAAAUCUAACUUUUUCCUUA